CGGUUCACAUUUUCACAUUUUCGCAUUGGGUAUAUUUGGGCCAUAGAUAUUUUCACAUUUUCAGCAUCUCGUCCUUCUUCACGAUCUCGUCCUCUGUCACAGCCACCUCAUCUGAUCGCCGCCAUCGCCGUAGCCUCCUCCUUCGAAUUCGCGAAAGCUAUGGCGCUUUAUCAGAAGGAGGUUGAGAUGGGCUGCAGGGCUGUCCGAUUGGCGGCACUUCUCUGCCAAACUGUGCAGAGACGCCUACUUGCAGAAGAGACAGCCGCUAAGUCUGACAAAUCGCCCGUGACCGUUGCAGACUAUGGUUCCCAAGCUUUGGUCAGUUGGGCACUGCAGACUGCGCUUCCUCCGGGGGAGACAUUGUCGCUUGUAGCGGAGGAGGACUCCGAGGAUCUCCGAACGGAAAGUGGUGCCGCGAUGUUGCAAAGAAUAACGCAGCUGGUAAAUGAGGCGAUCAAAGCAGAAGAUGGUGCUCAACCUGCACCUGGCCCCUUGACUCCUGAAGAUGUCGCCACGGCCAUUGAUCGGGGCCUAUCAAAUGGUGGACCAUUGGGGAGGCAUUGGGUCCUCGAUCCAAUAGAUGGGACCAAAGGAUUCAUGAGAGGUGAGCAGUACGCUGUUGCGCUGGGGCUCCUUGAUGAAGGCGAGGUGGUUCUUGGCAUACUUGGCUGUCCGAACCUGCCGAUGGCAUCCAUCUCCGUUCCUGGAGGUGUUAUGGCUGCUGCCACCUCGGGACAACCUGUUGGCUGCUUGUUUGCUGCGAGAAAAGGCUGUGGCGCGACCGUGGAACCCAUGGACUGCUCGCUACCUCCACAAAAGGUUAGCGUCAGCAAAGUCAGUGAUCCAGCAUGGGCAUCGUUCUGCGAAUCUUAUGAAUCAGCUCACUCCCUUCAAGAUCUCACUGCAAAUAUUGCACGGGUGUUGGGGGUAACCAGUCCACCAGUGCGGAUUGACAGCCAAGCCAAGUAUGGAGCUAUGGCGAGGGGUGAUGCUGCCAUUUACCUGCGCUUCCCUCAUUUAGGCUACCGCGAAAAAAUCUGGGAUCAUUGUGCAGGAGCCAUGGUUAUCCAAGAGGCAGGUGGUGUUGUGGUGGACGCAGCUGGAAGACCCCUCGACUUUUCGAAAGACAGUGCUGCGAGGGGAACAGCCCCUCUGAGAAAACUUCAUUUCUCGAGGGGGAGCGACAUCCCAUCUUGAGAUCAGUUCGGCCUGCCCACAUCUGAAAACCGUUCGACGAACUGUCCGGUCGUUCGAUUAACUGUCCGGUCGUUCGAUUAACUGUCCGGUCGUUCGAUUAACUGUCCGGUCGUCCGAUUAACUGUCCGGUCGUUCGAUUAACCGUCCGGUCGUUCGAUUAACUGUCCGGUCGGUCUUUUCCGCUUGAUGAAAAACUGCCUGAGCAAGGUGUGAAGAUUUCAAGGACACUCUGCAGCUGACGACUCUUGCCGGAGAACAGGCCGAGAUGCCUCUGAGCAGUCCCUUCUGAGAACAGGUUGAGACCGUUCCGAGAACGAGUGGGCCUACCGUCUUCACCCGAAUAGAACGCCCGGUCAUUAUAGCUGUAUUUGGUGCAAAUUUCAGUCCAGAUACCGCAAUAAGUACCGUGCGUUCUAUUCGGGUGAAGACGGUAGCUCAGUUGGUAGUAACUUGGUACACUCAUGAACUCUUGAAAUGCAGACGUCCUGAGUUCGAGUCCAGACGGACGAGAUCGAGAUCGAGUAAUUUCUGAGUUACCUUGGGCUGGGCUGGUCAAUUGGACGAUAAUAUCGCAAGGCUGUCCCCCCCCCCCUCCCCCUUUUUUUUUCUCCCAAAGAAAGAGAGACCAACAUUCUGAGGAACCCCGUCUGAGAAUAUCCUGAACAGCCUGUUCUGGGCCCAGUGGGACCUUCCCCUCUUGAGCGCACCCUUAGAGCAACCUGCCCCUUCUGAGCACAGGCUGAGAAUAGUCUGGUUAGUAUGUUUGACAACAGUGGAGCAGCGUCUAAUGACAACAGCCCCAAGAACAGGACAUCCAUUAAAAUCUGGAACGCUACAGAGAGUGAAGAUUAGCAUGGUAGAGGGUAGAUGGUGAAAAAAAAAAGAAAAAAAAAGAAGAAGAAGAAGAAGAAGAAGAAGAAGAAGAAGAUUAGCAUGGCACGGCCCCUGCGCUUUCAAGGAUGCCAUCCAUAAAUCGAGAAAUGGACCAAAUGGCAAAUUUCCCAUUGUUUUGGGACAAUGGAACAGCCUAAGAACAGUCUGAGGACAGCCUGAGGCCACAUUGACAACCCUGUGCUGAAAACAGGCUCUGAGCACAGCCUGAGCACAGUCUUCUGAGACCAGUGUAAGCAGCUGCUUAUGAGAGCACAGCCUGAGUAUAGGAGGCCAGCAGGAGCACAGCUUGGAAGAACCCUUGGGCUUUUCAGGGGAUUUGGGGAGGUGUGAAGAUGUCUAAAAAUGAUGUUAAAAAAUCUGCUUUUCGCUGUUUUGGGAGUGUUCAUCCAACCGUCUUCCUGCGAAUAAACGGUACGUACUAUGUAGUACGGUCAUUUCUGCUGCAUCUGGACGAAAAGGUGAGUACCUUGCACUGGACUAAAUGCUGACGAAUCGGUGAUGAUGCAUAUGCUUUGAUGUGACGGCAUGGUAAGUCGGCGAGGGUGUACUUCACUUUCGCAAGAAUAUCGUACUACCAUCUUGCCCCCAAUAGAGCGUACUGUCGUUAUCGCUUUAUCAAAGUUUAUCUGGACUGAAACUUGCCCAAAACACAGCUAUGGUGACUCUGCGGCGUGUGUUAGGUUUGGGGAAAUUUGCAGCUAUUUUAUUGAACCAUAUACUACGUCUAGGUAAUUCGCAUCUACUUCGCCAUAACAUUCGUACCGAGAGCAGAAGAAUAGUCCGAUUGUCCGAGUGUGAAACUCUUGACUAUUGAGAGUAGAAGAGUAGUCCAACCUUCACACAGGCUUCGCCCGAAUAGAACGCCCUAAGCUUGUCAUUGUAGCUGGAUUUGGGGCAACUUUCAGUCCAGAUUCAACUGCAAUGACCGGGCGUUGUAUUCGGGUGAAGACGGUAGUGUGAAACUCUUGAGUUUUGACUGUAGAAGAAGAGUCCAACCUUGAUAGUGUGAAACUCUUGAGCGUCUAUAUACUACUUGUCAAUGUAUGAAUGAAUGUUACUACUGAAG